AACUACCACAUAACAGGCCUAGUCAGGAAGUUUCCACUCUUACCGCACAUGGUGAUACUACAUAUGGCCUGUAAUUUUGAUGCAAUUGUGAAGAAAGAGAAUAAGUUUUAACCGGCCUUCUCUGGGCUAAUAAGACACGCAAUUGGCCAACAACGAGGCAUGAGCGAAGUGCGUACAAAUUGACGGUGUCUUUGUUCUUGUUUUACUUUUUGUUUUAUUUAAAUCUGUGUGUUUACUUUUAAAUUAUAUGUAUAUUCUUCCGUGGAUUUUUGCAUGAUCAGUGAAUAUCUAAGAGGCUUAGAUUACUAGGCACAAAUUGGGCAUUGGAUCUCGGUACUUGUUUCGUGCAUAUAUAGAGGGGUCAGCUGAUGAUCUACAAGCUGCAUUGAAUUGGAAACAUUCUGCGAUUGGGGGAUUCUGAUAUCUAGUUCUCUGUUGUAUCUCUUCUGCAAUGGAGAAUAAUGGCAGUAGCGGUGAGUAUGUUCCCAAGAACAUACUCAUCACAGGGGCAGCAGGCUUCAUAGCCUCCCAUGUGGCUAACAGGCUUGUAAAGAAGUACCCACAGUAUAAGAUUGUGGUAUUGGAUAAGCUGGACUACUGCUCCAAUCUGAAGAACCUGAAGCCGUCCAGGGCAUCCCCUAAUUUCAAGUUUGUGAAGGGUGACAUUGGCAGUGCAGAUCUGGUGAAUUAUCUUCUGAUUACAGAGAAAAUUGACACCAUCAUGCACUUUGCAGCUCAGACCCACGUGGACAAUUCAUUUGGCAACAGUUUUGAGUUCACCAAGAACAACAUCUAUGGGACUCAUGUCCUUCUAGAGGCAUGCAAGGUCACUGGGCAGAUUACAAGAUUCAUUCAUGUGAGUACUGAUGAAGUCUAUGGUGAAACGGAAAAGGAUGCCAUUGAGGGUAAUCAUGAGGCUUCUCAGCUUUUGCCCACAAAUCCUUACUCUGCAACUAAGGCAGGUGCUGAGAUGCUGGUUAUGGCCUAUGGGAGAUCGUAUGGCUUGCCCGUGAUUACUACACGAGGGAAUAAUGUUUAUGGCCCCAAUCAAUUCCCAGAGAAGCUCAUACCCAAAUUCAUUCUUCUGGCAAUGCAAGGUAAGUCACUUUCUAUCCAUGGUGAUGGAUCCAAUGUUAGAAGUUAUUUAUAUUGUGAGGAUGUAGCUGAGGCAUUUGAGGUUGUUUUGCAUAAGGGUGAAGUUGGGCAUGUUUAUAACAUUGGUACUCAGAAGGAAAGGAGGGUAAUAGAUGUAGCUAAGGAUAUCUGUAAGCUUUUUUCAUUGGAUCCACAGAGGGUUAUUAAGUUUGUAGACAAUAGGCCUUUCAAUGACCAAAGGUAUUAUUUGGAUGAUAAAAAGCUCAAGGAUCUGGGAUGGUGUGAGAGAACCAAAUGGGAAGAAGGGCUGCAGAAAACAAUGGAGUGGUACAUUAGCCACCCAAAUUGGUGGGGUGAUGUUUCUGGGGCUCUUUUGCCUCAUCCAAGAAUGCUUACAAUGGCAGGGGUUGAGAAAUAUACAGAAGGGCAUGAUGGGGUCGAAAUGGUUUACAACAAUGCUGUUCAGGAAAAUUGUGUGGCCAAUACCUCAAAUGGUCUAGUUGAGAAGUCCGCCUUUAAGUUUUUGAUCUAUGGACGGAAUGGCUGGAUUGGUGGGCUUCUAGGAAAGAUAUGUGAGAAACAGGGGAUAGCGUUCGAGUAUGGAAGUGGCAGAUUGGAGAAUCGAUCUCAGAUCCAGAUGGACAUGGAGAAUGUUAAGCCCACUCAUGUGUUAAAUGCUGCAGGUGUCACAGGUAGGCCUAAUGUUGACUGGUGUGAGUCUCACAAGCCCGAGACCAUCCGGACCAAUGUGGCAGGUACUUUGAAUUUAGCUGAUAUUUGCAGGGAGCAUGGUCUUUUGCUUGUGAAUUUUGCAACUGGCUGCAUUUUUGAAUAUGAUGAAGCCCACCCUGAGGGAAGCGGAAUUGGAUUCAAGGAGGAAGACAAACCCAACUUCAUUGGCUCUUUCUAUUCCAAAACGAAGGCAAUGGUAGAAGAUCUCUUGCAGAAUUAUGAGAAUGUUUGCACUCUGCGGGUUCGAAUGCCUAUCUCAUCAGACCUGAAUAACCCUCGCAAUUUCAUCACAAAGAUCACCCGGUAUAAUAAAGUUGUGAAUAUACCAAAUAGCAUGACAAUCCUUGAUGAGUUGCUGCCACUGUCAAUUGAGAUGGCAAAAAGGAAUUGCAAGGGCAUAUGGAAUUUCACAAACCCUGGUGUUGUGAGCCAUAAUGAGAUUUUGGAGAUGCAUAGAGAUUACAUUGAUCCUAGUUUCAAGUGGAAAAACUUCACUCUUGAAGAGCAGGCAAAAGUGAUAGUGGCCCCCCGGAGUAAUAAUGAACUGGAUGCAACUAAACUAAAGAAAGAAUUUCCACAGUUGCUGUCAAUAAAAGAUUCACUUCUGAAAUAUGUCUUCGAGCCCAACAAGAAGACAAGCUCGGCAAAUUGAGUCUAGAACAUGUUGAGCUUUUAUUGUUCCCAAAGGCUAUAUUGGGGGCUAUUCAUCAGGUUCUGUGGCUCUUGGGAUUAUUUUUCAGCUCCUCGAUGGAAAUUUUAACAAAUGGGAUAUAACUAGGCAGGUUCUACUAUUCUUGCAUCGUACUGCUCUCUACAUUCUAAAAUUGUUAGGUCAUUUUUAUUGUUCACGAUAGUGAAAGUCCUCACUGAGGCACUUUUAGGGUAUGUUAUAUUCAUCUAUAUUAACAUUAUUAUUUAAAUUUGUGGAAGAAGUCCUCAUUGCUUAAAGAACAUUUGUAGGUUACUGGUGAUGAUUUGUAUCUGAUCAUAUUCCUUGAUUGUUUAGAAUAGAUUCUAUCAGGGCUUACUCAACAUUGGCUGAAAUUAAGGCCAUUGAUGUUUUUACUUAUUUAGUAAAUGUAGCUUUACUGUAUUUGCAGUAGUUAAUUUA